AUGAAUCUCUCUACUUCCAGUUUCUGGAUUCUUUCGUUCUUCAUCUUCUUAAGCUCUUUACCUAAUUUCUCCUCCUCGAAGCCAAUGAAUUGCUCCGACACAACCCGUCUCUGCACUUCCUUCCUCGCAUUCAAACCGAACCAAAACCAAACCUUCUCCGUAAUCCAAAGCAUGUUCGACGCAUUUCCGGCGGACAUAACCGCCGACGUCUCCGGUUACACCUACGUGAGAAAAAACUGUUCUUGUCUCACCACGACUCAUCAGUACACAACGAACACGACAUUCACAGUCAGACAAAACCGUAGCUUCAUUUCCGAAGCUGUCGUCUCUGCUUACUCUGGUCUCGCGUUUCCCCCGAACAGCACUAGAGGUGUCAGUGCCGGCGCGGUCGUAUCGGUGCAGCUUCUCUGCGGAUGCUCGAGUGGUCUCUGGAACUACCUUAUGAGCUACGUGACUGUCUCUGGAGACAGUGUUCAAUCGCUCUCGAGCAGAUUCGGUGUUAGUAUGGAUCGAAUUGAAGAAGUUAAUGGAAUCUCGAAUCCUGACAAUAUCACAAUCGGAGAUGUCUUUUACAUCCCUCUUGAUUCCGUACCUGGAGAGCCUUAUGAGACAAAUGAAAUGAAUCCUCCUGCUCCUUCUCCUGCGCCUGCAUCAACCAAUAGCAAUAUCUCAGAAGCUGAUGAGGUGAAUCACAGUGGAAAAGGAGGUCGUGUGCCUUAUAUAUGGAUUGUUGGUGGUCUUGGAGUUGUGCUUGCGCUUCUUGUCAUGUGUAUACUUGUAUGUAUAUGUUUGAGAUCAUCUAGUUGUAGCGGUUCCAGUGAUGAAGAUGGUGGUGGUGGACACAACUUCCAAAUUCUUAGAAAGUCUGGUUUCUUUUGCGGUUCUGGUCGGUAUAACUGCUGCAGAUCAGGGGAUAUCAGACAAACCAACGGUGAAACUCAGAGCCAUCACCAAGUUGUUUCUAUUCCUAAAGCUCUUGGCGAUGGAAUGUUUGAGAUAGAGAAGCCUGUGGUGUUUACUUAUGAUGAAAUCCGUGCGGCUACGGAUGAGUUCUCUGAUUCUAAUCUUCUUGGUCAUGGAAAUUAUGGUUCAGUGUACUUUGGUCUACUUAGAGAACAGGAAGUUGCUGUGAAAAGGAUGACUGCUACAAAGACUAAAGAGUUUGCAGCUGAGAUGAAAGUUCUUUGCAAAGUUCAUCAUUCAAAUCUGGUAGAGUUGAUUGGUUAUGCUGCAACCGUUGACGAGCUUUUCGUAGUGUAUGAAUAUGUGCAAAAAGGAAUGCUGAAAAACCAUUUACAUGAGCCUCAGAGCAAAGGCAAUACACCACUGUCUUGGAUAAUGAGGAAUCAGAUUGCACUUGACGCAGCGAGAGGCUUGGAAUAUAUACAUGAACAUACUAAAACUCAUUAUGUUCACAGAGAUAUCAAGACUAGCAAUAUCUUGCUCGAUGAGGCAUUCAGGGCUAAGAUAUCGGAUUUUGGACUUGCGAAACUUGUUGAGAAAACUGGAGAUGGAGAAAUCUCUGUUACUAAAGUUGUUGGUACAUAUGGUUAUCUUGCACCAGAAUAUCUAAGUGACGGUCUUGCUACUCCGAAAAGCGAUGUUUAUGCAUUUGGUGUUGUUCUUUUUGAGAUUAUCUCUGGAAGAGAAGCUGUUAUAAGAACGGAGGCAAUGGGAACAAAGAAUCCAGAGAGACGUCCAUUGGCAUCUAUUGUGUUAAAAGCUCUUAAGAACUCACCGGACUCUAUGAACAUGUCGAGUUUGAAGGAGUUUAUUGAUCCCAACAUGAUGGAUUUAUACCCACACGAUUGUUUGUUCAAGAUUGCCAUGUUGGCGAAGCAAUGCGUGGAUGAUGAUCCGAUUCUAAGACCAAACAUGAGUCAAGUGGUUAUAUCUCUCUCGCAGAUACUCUUGUCUUCCAUUGAAUGGGAAGCAACUCUUGCUGGAAACAGCCAAGUCUUUAGUGGUCUUGUCCAAGGAAGAUAA